UCAAGUCUCAUGGUUGUACACCCACCCCCCCCGUAUCCCCUACAGAAUACCCAGACAAGCACGUGAUCGCUCAGCGACUGCCUGGGCCAAAGGGUGAAGGGUAUUGUUGGUAUCAAGCGACUAUCAAAGGUGGCAGAGAGGGUCGUGACUUGGAUGCUUGGGCACUUGUGCGAGCGUGCGAAGCUUUGGGUGCG